AUGGCAGCAAGGGGGACAAUGGGUUACAUGGCUCCUGAGUUGUUCUACAAAAAUAUUGGUGGCGUCUCAUACAAAGCUGAUGUCUAUAGCUUUGGAAUGCUGUUGAUGGAAAUGGGAAGCAAACGGAAGAAUUUAAAUGCAAGUGCAGAGCAUUCAAGCCAAAUUUACUUCCCCUCAUGGGUGUACGAUCAGUAUAAGGAGGGAAAGGAGUUGGAGAAGGAGGAUAUAACAGAGGAAGAAAUGAAAAUUGUAAAAAGAUGGAUAUAA